AUGGUGAGUGGAGGUGCUCGUGUCGCGGGGGGACCGUCCUGCGUGGGGGUUCACGAGAGGAGACCCCUGCAGACCCGUGUCCCCUACAGACAGAGCCGCUGCGCCAUGGGCGUUACUUUAAGCCUUGGUAGUGUGAUAGUACAGGUCACAGAAGAGGAAAGAGAAAACCCAGAGGAAGAACUUAUUAAGAAAUCUGAAGAAGUGACAGGUGGAGGAAACCAACAGCCCUUCUUAUCUAAGUUUGCAUCUGAUGUCCAGUCACCGCUGCCCUGGUUGCUGGGUCUCCUCCUCCUGAGGGAGGCGGCGGCUGUGAGGGUCUCCAAGGCGGAGGGUCCUGGCCCCAGGGCCGCCCCGAAGAAGGCUGGGCUCUGCCCUCCCCCGGAGGAGAACAUGGUGCACGUCGACAUGCGCAUCCUCAGGCAAAGCCAGGGCGGCGCCGUGGCCCAGGACUUCCAGAACCGCUCCACCUCCCCGUGGGAUUACAACGUCACGCGCGACCCUCACCGCUUCCCCUCCGAGAUAGCGCAGGCGCGGUGCCGGCUGGCGGGCUGCCUGGACGGCCAGGGGCGGGAGGACGGCGCCAGGAACUCGGUGCCCAUCGAGCAGGAGAUCCUGGUCCUGCGCCGGGAGCCCGGGGGCUGCGCGCACGCCUUCCGGCUGGAGAAGAUGCGGGUGGCCGUGGGCUGCACCUGCGUCAGCCCCGUGGUCCUCCAGGCGGCCUGA